AUGCAACCGCGAAGAAGCUCCCGUCUAAACCGAGGCUCAUCUGGUGCUGGGAGCUCGUCUCAGCCUCCCUCGUCACAGCCGCAGUCUUCUCAAUCUGCACGGAAGCGAGCUCGUCAGCGUCCAUCGCGCGAUGUCUCACCGGAGCUUGUUGAGCCGGAGAACGAGUCGCUCUCGGAGACGGACUCCGACAAUGGUAUCGUGAAUCCGAUGGGUGCAGCUGAGACCGUUGUGAAUCAAGCUAAGGAAGCUCGCUAUCAUGAAAAUCGUCUCAUGUAUCGGACCAAGCUCGAUCUGUACCCCGAGCUGAUGCAACCACACAAGACACCUCUUACUCCCCGAUUCAUCUCAAUGGCGGCUACUGAGCGAUUUCAAGGGCUCAAGGAUCGGAAGUUCAUCGAUCAACAUCGGAUUUCUCUCACCGAUGAGAAUCUUGCCGAUGUUAGGAGCAUUGUGGAGAAUGCAGGACUCCUCCAUACUCUCACUGAUGUGGAUGCGUAUCAGCCUUCUGUGGUAAGAGAGUUCAUAGCCAAUCUCCUGGAAGCUUCAGAACGCGAUGUUGGUGUGGCAGUGUACCUUAGGGCAUCGAUGAUUGAUUUCUCUCCAAGUUUGAUUAAUGCCAUCUACUGUAUUCCUGGUUUUGAAGAUGAUCCUAACUGGUUGGAUGAGAAUAUUGAUGAAGUGUGUGGAUUCCUCACUGAUGGUCAGAUAAAUCGAUGGGAAAACAUGAGUUCCAAGUUCCUCUCUCCGACGAAUCAGGUGCUCUACAAGCUGGUUUGCACCAACUGGAUUCCGACUAUGAACUACACCAACAUGAAUCAAACUCGUUUGAAGUUUGUGUAUAUGCUUCAUCACAAUGAAGAUGGGUUCAACUUUGGGAAGUUGGUGUAUGAUCAGAUCAUGCAAAUGGCUGAAAACACCAAGAAGAAGAAGUCUCGGCGCAUCAUGUUUCCGACACUAAUCCAACAAGUCAUCAACUUUCAGAGGAUAGUUCCGAUUGACUAUCCAUCUGAUGAGUUUACUGGAUUUCCCAAGCUUGUGGUCAAGGACAUCAAAGCUGGAAGAGGCACUGGAGCAGACACACGAUCUGCAUCCCUGGAGGAAGAUAUUGAGCGCACCAUUGCCAGUCUCAAAGGAAUUUACAUACGCCUGAGGAGGGGAGAAUAUGUUGUUCAUCAACCUCCUCCGACCAUGAAUCAGGAUGACGAGGUAGCUGGAGAUACUGAAGAACUCAGUCAAGCGGGUGACACCGAAGAGCUUAGCCGAAGCAUUUCCUUCUGA